AUGAUAUUUGAUGACAAAGCUGCUGUGGUUCCUCCUGUAGCACUUGUUGACCAAGGUAGCUGGAAGGAGAGGCAUUGGAAGACCAGGGAACCAAAUCUUUUGCAGUGGACCGUGCUGCACCUUUCCCAGCGGAAUGCCCAUGGAUUGCAUGGUGCAAUCUUUGAUAUCAUUGCUGAGACUGUUCCGGAUAUCGAUAUCUGUGAUUCAAAUAACCCACUUGCAGUGGUUGAAUAUGUAGAAGAGAUAUACAACUUCUAUAGACAAACCGAGGUUACAGGUUGUGCGAGUCCCCAGUACAUGUCCCACCAAUUUGACAUCAAUGAAAAAAUGAGAGCUAUUCUCAUCGACUGGCUUAUAGAGGUGCACUACAAAUUUGAGCUGAUGGAGGAGACUCUCUUUCUAACUGUAAAUAUCAUAGAUCGGUUUUUAGCGAGACAAACUGUGGUAAGAAAGAAGCUUCAAUUGGUGGGAGUUACAGCUAUGCUUCUUGCUUGCAAGUACGAGGAAGUCUCUGUCCCAGUGGUAGAGGAUCUAGUGCUCAUCUCUGACCGAGCUUACACGAGGGAUGAAAUACUUGAAAUGGAAAGGCUGAUCCUCAAUACAUUGCAAUUCAAUAUGUCUGUGCCAACUCCUUACGUUUUCAUGAGAAGGUUUCUCAAGGCAGCCGACUCUGACAGAAAGGUAAAGACUUUCUUUUGUUUGGGUGUUAACACAUGUAUGCAUGUAUUGAACAUAUGGAUGAGACACUUUCGCAAAUCCAGCAAGAGCUUCUAA